AGUUAUGAAUAACUCUGCAUUUUUAAGCGGACCAAAUAUCAAUGCUCUUCUCCUUUUAACCACUUGUAACAUUUCCAAUUUCUGGCUGCUAAAAGCUCCCAUUUUAAAAAACCAUCUUGAUCGCAAGACUGAAUCCAAGUUGUUUAUUAAAAAGAAAAAAAAUGGCUGACGCUCUUAUCAGCUCGACAAUUCAGGUCACCUUGGAAAGGGCACUGUCUCUUGCCUCUGAUAGGAUUGGUUUGCUCGUUGGCUUCAAGAAGGAUGUGGCCAGCAUGACACUUUCUCUUGGCUUUAUCAAAGAUGUCCUGGCUGAUGCUGAGGAAAGGCAAAACCAAAUUAGAGGAGUGCAACGAUGGUUGAAGUGUCUCGAUGAGGUGGCUUAUGAUGCUCAGAAUGUGUUGGAUGAGCUUCACUAUGAAUCUCUUCGUCACCAGGUGGAGUCCCGAAACCGACACAAGCUCAAGGUAUGCUGCUUCUUCUCCUUCUCUAACAUUAAUCUUGCUUUUCGUUGGAGAAUGGCUUCUAAGGUCAGGGACAUCAACCUUGAGUUGAAUAAGAUAAAUCAACAAGCCCGUGAUUUUGGACUGGACAGUAAGUCAGUCGUGCCUGCUGCCCUCCCUGCUGCUCCUGCUGUUGGAGGCACGAGAGGUCGGCAGACCGACUCUGUUGUUGCUCCAAUGGUUGGAAGAGCCGAUGAUGAAUCAGAGAUAGCGAAGAUUUUGUUGAGCCUGUCUGAGAAGGUUGUUUCUGUUCUUCCCAUAGUUGGUAUGGGAGGUUUAGGCAAAACAACUUUGGCUAAAUCCAUAUACAACAAGAAGCAAAUUGAUGAACACUUUGACAUAAAGAUUUGGGUUUGUGUAUCGAAAAAAGUUCCAAUAGAGGAGCUUUUCAAACUCAUAUUAGUGCAAUUGAUGAAAGAAAAGGUUGACGUGGAUGAUCGGAAUGUCAUCGUUGGAGAAAUUCAGAAUCAACUAGGGGGGAAAAAGUAUUUCCUAGUCCUUGAUGAUGUGUGGGAUGAUAAUCAAGCAUUGUGGGAGGACUUUUUCAACACCUUGAAGGGGCUCAAUCCAACUAAUGGAAGCUGGUGUCUGGUCACUACUCGUCCAGGUCCAGUGGCGCAGUGUGUGUCUAGAGUUUUGAUGAUGGAAAAUGAAGCCUAUCGAUUAGGAAGGCUACCUGAUGAUCUUUGCUGGUCUAUCCUAAAAGAAAAAGUAGUUGGAGGAGGAGAAGUACCUGAUGAACUAAAAGCAAUUAAAGAGAGAGUAAUCAAAAGAUGUGAUGGUCUACCAUUGGCUGCAAGUGUAAUAGGAGGUCUAUUAUCUUUACAUGGAAAAGAGGAGUGGCGAUCAAUUUUGGAGAAUAGGCUUUCGAGUUUGAGUGCAGAUGAAGGUCGUGUGAUGCAAAUACUUAAGUUGAGUUUUGAUAAUUUGCCAUCUCCAUACAUUAAGAAAUGUUUUGCGUAUUGUUCUAUAUUUCCUAAGGAUACUGAGAUGAAAGGAGAUAUGCUAAUCGAACUUUGGGUGGCAGAAGGUUUCUUGCAAGCAGAUGCCAAUAGACAAAUGAUGAUGGAGGAAAUUGGAAUGAAUUAUCUGAGAAUUUUAUUGCAGAGUUCAUUGUUUGAAGAAACAAGAUAUGAUUGGAAAACAUAUUAUAAGAUGCAUGAUUUGGUGCAUGACCUUGCAGAGUCAAUGUCAAAGUCUACCAAAGUCAUUAAUAAUGGGGAUACACAUAUAGUAGACAAUGGUAAUCAGAUUCGUUACCUUGCAAUAGACUCAUUUGGUGGUGGAGAAGGCAGAGAAAAACUUUUGGAGAGUCUAUCAGCUUCGCUUCAUACAUUGUUUGCAAAGGGUGACUUAUCUGAUGACAUGUUAAUGAAGUUGAAGAACUUGUAUGUUUUGAAUUUGUCUCGUACAAGAACUCAAGAGCUACCAGUCUCAAUUGGCAAACUGAUACAUUUGCGGUAUUUUGACCUUUCAUGGUCUUCAAUCAGGAUUUUGCCAGAAUCCCUUUGCAAGCUUUAUAAUCUGCAAACACUGACGCUAAGUAACUCAGAUGUUACAGAUCUUCUGAAGGGAAUGUGCAAUUUGAUUAGCUUGAGACAUCUUCACUAUUACAUAAGUGAUGAAGAAUUUCAAAUGCCGCUAGAGAUGGGACGGCUGUCUUGCCUUCAGACACUAGAGUUCUUUAAAGUGGGUCGAGAGAAGGGUCGACAAAUUGGAGAGCUUGGAAGCUUGAAGAACCUCAAAGGCAAAUUGAAGAUACGCAAUCUGCAACUAGUAAAGGAUAAGGAAGGAGCUGAAGAAGCAAAACUAUUUGAAAAGGCAAAUCUAUCUAGGUUGAUACUUGAGUGGGCCCUGGCUUGGGAUCGAGAAGGUGACAACUACAACUAUGACAAAGAUGUGUUGGAUGGCCUUCGACCCCACCCAAAUUUGGAGGAGUUGAUGCAAAGAACUCCUUCCCCUGCAAAACUUUACGUCUCUUAA